AAGGCCUGUGGAUACUUGCCUUGGAGGAAGCUCAGAUUGACUAAAUAUGAUAGAAUAGGAGCUAUAAUAUCUUUAAUAGAGAUUAACAAAGUGCCCGGUAUUUCAUCGAUUCCAGAUGAUUUCUUACGGCAUACUUUUCUAAUUACUUGUGUUAUCUCUACUGUUGUAGUAGGGUAGAGAAACAUCGAGCUUGAGUGUAUUUUAAUAUCAGGCGUUAGAUUUUGAGGCUGCUUGCUAUUGUUAGCAAGAUCAGCAAAAUAUUUGUUAAAAAUUUCACAGAUUUUGUAUCCGUCUUGUAGUGUUUCACCACCAACGGUUAUGUUGGUUAUAGAAGAGGAUUUACUUUUAUGGUUGCUAUUUUCCCUGACUAUUGCCCAACUUUCCCUACUUAUGUCAUCAGAUUUCAUUAACCUUAAAUUGUGGUGAGUUUUCUUUGCGUGUUUAAGUUUUUUGUUGUAAUGGGAUUUAUAUUUGUUUCAGUUUUUCGUAUAAAGUCUUAAAUUUUUUAUCUAAGUCGUCAGAUUGAAUAUCGUAGAGCAAAUUAUUCCAAUCUGUGUUGGAUACAUAAUCUAUAAAAGAAUUUACAUUAUUUUCGCUAAACUUUCUGAAAAAGCGUUCUGUACAAUUAUUAUGGCAGAACUCCUCAAAAAAGAAGAGCUGAAACGUGUGGUCAGAGACACAUGUGUCUACUGCCAAGCUGCCAAGUGGGCUCUUCUAUAGAAGCAACUAAAUUAUACUCAAGAAGUAUAUUAUUUAGUAUUUUAGUUUGUUUGUUGUUUUCAAGCAAGUUGACGUUAAUGUCACCGCACAAAAUGUGCUUAUUUUUAGGCUCGUAUAUAGCUUCUAACAUUAUUGAGAGUUUCUCUACAAAUGCUUCGAAGUCUCCCUUUGGAGAUCGGUAUACAGAGAAAAUUGUGAUACAUUCCUUGUUAAGCUCUAAUUUUAUUGAACACAUUUCAAAAGUUUUUUCUUCAGAGUUAUUAAAUGGAAUUUUUGAAAAAUUUAAACUUUCUCGACCCAAGAUACAGACUCCCCCUCCUCUGCAACUAGUUCUCGAGAAAUAACUAAGAACCUUAUAAUCUAAAAGCUUAAGAAACUUAAUGUUUGAGGAUUCAUGAUGUUCUGAGAUACACAGCACAUUGACGUCGUGAUUAUUUAGUAUUGAUUCGAGGGCUUCUUUUUUGUUUGCGAUACCCCCUUGAAUAUUAAGGUUCAUAACUACGAAUUUGUUAGGUGUCUCGCCGUCUGGUUUAAAAAAUCCUCAUUUUCUGAGUCGUAUUUACUGGCGCUGUUUUUUACAUUUUUCUUGGGAUAGAAAUAUCCGCUUAGUCUUGCACCUUGCGGCCAUAAGUCUCCGUUUAAAAUUGCAUCCUUGUGCGUGAAAGGAGCACAUAUUUUAAAGGAACUCCACUGUUCGUUGUGGUUAAAGUUAAGUUUUUCACAGCUUACUCUACAGAUAUCAGAUAAGUUUUCUUCAAUCUGUGUUGAUGUUGUGGAUUUAUCCAACCUUGUUACAUAUAUCCAAGCUUUCUUCUCAACUCCUUGUAUUCUACUUGUUGUGUUUGUUACUUCUAUAAAAGUUCUAUUUCUUCGCCGUAUCGGCUGGACUAAUUGAAAUCCAUCGUCAUCUUGCUUGUUAUUGUCUGUGUUAGGCCAGGUUUUUUUAGGUGUCGUCAUUAAAGUGUCUCUUUUUUGUGGGUCUGGUUGUUGUUUUGUUUUUGUUUGAUGUGUCUUUGGUGCAUGUUUUAUCGAGACGUGGUGAAUACUGCGGCUGGUACCCGCUUCUUUUCGAAUGAGCUUAUGCUUGUCAUUGACAGAUGUCACCUCGUGUUCUACGCUAGUUGUUUUAUUUGAGGUGGCUAGAGCCGCGUUGUCUUCCAAUUGUGAGGUUAGAAAUUUUAGAUGUUCGUCUAAUUUCAUAAUUUUCUUAUUUUGGUAGUUAAUUACUUUAUGUUGCACACCUGCAGUUGUCUUUAAUUGACCGAUGUCGUCCUGAAGUUUCAUAAACAUCGUAGAAAUUACACUAGUGCUAACAUUACAGCUAUCGCAGAACCAUUUGAGAUUUUGUGUUUCUAGCAAUAAUUUCACUUUAUCUCGCGAUAAAUUGAUACACUGUUUGUGAAAAAGUGCGUUGCACACACCACUACAAUUAAUUUUUAUAUCGUUUGCCAAAAUUUCCUGCGAACAGGAUCCGUACGUCUGAACUCGUCGCCGCCAUCACUACAUAGAUAUAAGAAAGUGACCAAUUGCUUUUGAAUGAGAUUAUCCAAGGGUGGCCAUUAACAUACAACGCAAUAAGAUUAUUACCUAAAGUUUCGGAAUUUAAAUUCAAGUAAAAUUGUGGAUGAACAUAGAAAUAAUCGGCGCCGUCAAAGGCGAGGCCCGAGAGUUGGUGGUGAAGGAAGAAGCAGUGGAGAUCACAUCCGGAGAUGUUGCAGUGAAUUCUAGCGACGACGACAUUACUUUUUUAAGCGAAGAUGAUUGCAGUGUUGUACGGCAAAUAACGACCAAGAUUGAAAUAACCGAUGACAAGCCAGUUUUGAGUGAGAUUAAGGAUGAAAACAAAGAAAAUGCGCAACCUGAAACAGAAAUGCUCGUCCUGAACAACCAGGUUAUACCUCAAAGAAUUGUACAAGAAUAUGAAGUGACUUUAACCGAGAAUGGAGUAUUCAAAUGUUUCCAUUGCAAAUACACACACAAAUCCCGGAAACAAGUGAACACUCACGUAAAGAAAAUACACAGACCUAAGAAAAAAUGUCCCCAUUGCCCCUACAGGUCCAAUUCACACAUGAAAAAACAUAUCUUGAAUGAGCAUGGCGGCCAAUGUACGAAGUGUGAUUUUAGAACCUCGAACAGAUCCGAAAGAAGAAAUCACUUGUUGGAAAAACACGCGUUUAUUUGUGACAAAUGUCCUGACAAUUGUUUGAAGUGUCAACGAUUGAAUAGGCUCGAGUGCAGAUUUUUGCAUAAUUACGAGUUGGUGGGUCACAUGGAAAGGUGUCACGAACCGCGGGACCAAAUCCAAUGGCUGCAAUGCCCGCAAUGUCCGGCAAAACGUAGACACCAGAUCGACCUUCAGGAGCACAUCAAGCGUAUUCAUCAUCCCGAUAUUUUCAAGUGCCACAUUUGUGACGUAAGGUUCAAAUUGGCACAAACUUUGGAGAAGCACGUUAAAACGGUGCACAACGGAGAGGAACCGCCACUCAAAUGCGACAAGUGCGAUUUUAAAUGUUUUCGGCGGAUCGUUUUGCGUUUUCAUCACGUCCGUUGCAAACAGGACGAAAAUACUGAGACGUUUCAGUGUUACCACUGCAACUAUACAACAUGCUACAAAGCUCAUUUGUUGACGCAUAUCAACCACAAUCACAGUUCAAAACCAGACCAGAUGAACAUCUGCGAAUUCUGUUCAUUUCAAACGAAAAGUAAGCAAUGUCUCAAACUUCAUGUAAUUAGUAAGCAUAACGAGAAUAAUAAUGAGGAGGUAAUGCGGUACAAGUGCGAGCACUGCGACUACAAGACACAUAGGACCUACAAUCUUCAAAUUCACUAUCUCAAUCAUAAGAAGCCGGAGGAAUUGCAAUACUUCUACUGUUACCAUUGUCCUUUCAAGGCGAAGAGAAAAGACAACUUGAAAUCUCACAUAUUCAAGAUGCACAUGCCAAAGGACGAGUUGAAAUGUUUCAUUUGCGAUUUUAAGACGACGUCCAGCUAUUCGCUAGUGAAGCACGUAGAUAAACAUAAGCGCGAUGCAGAUGACACGGCACGAAAGGGCACUAAAAGGAAGCGCAAGUAAAUUACCCACUUUAAAUGUUUCAAUUCAGAUUUUUUUGAGGCAACGGAAGCAGCAAAGCUAGACA